AUGACUGUUGUGGCCAAGGACCUUGUGCAGCCAGCCGUACUGACAAUCGCAGGCUCGGACUCGAGCGGAGGAGCUGGCAUUCAAGCUGAUCUCAAAACAUACACUGCACUCGGAUGCUACGGUGCCAGUGUUAUAACCGCGUUGACGGCUCAAAACACGACUGGUGUACAGGGAGUGCACCCAUGUCCUCCAGAAUUUGUGAAACAGCAGCUCCAAUCUGUGCUGGACGACAUAGAACUCCAAGCGAUCAAGACUGGAAUGCUACACGAUGCUAGCAUCACUCAUGUCAUUGCCGAAACGCUGAGGGCGCACUAUGGUGAUGCUAUACCGCACCUCGUAGUCGAUCCAGUGUGCGUCUCAACGUCCGGCCACACACUGCUGCAGCAUGAAGCAAUCGCGACCAUGGUCUCAGAGCUCUUCCCGCUCGCCGCGCUCAUCACACCAAACAAAUCCGAAGCCGAGCUGCUUCUCUCGCACUGUGGUUCGCCUUCUAAACUGGAAAAUGUAGAUGAUAUGCUUCCUGCCGCCAAAACGCUGCUUUCGACCGGUUGCAAGGCCGUCCUUCUCAAAGGUGGACACAUUACGGCGACUAUGAACGAGGUGAAGAGAAUAUCAGAGGCACACCCGGAAAUACAGGUCAUCCGCGAAGGGCUCCUGGGCGAGAACAUGGAGAUUCUGCAGAUAUCAGAAGAAGACACAUCUUCCAAUGCCCUGGUGAUUGACGUCCUCCAAGAGGCGACUUUGACUACCUUAUUUGUCCGCCCUCGUCUCGAGUCGAAGAGUACCCACGGCACGGGCUGCACGCUCUCUUCCGCACUUGCGUGCGCAUUGGGUCGCGGGAAAAAUCUCGUCGAGGCAACGCGCAUGGCCACGGUCUACACUCACCUCGGGAUCGAGACCGCUAAACCUAUAGGGCAAGGACAUGGUCCACUCAACCAUAUGCACCCAAUCGUCAUACGUAGCGUGCCACAGCCUACGCCGAGUGUCCCACAUCCUCUCACCCGGGUUCUGAUCGAAUCGUGUCGGGAUAUUUGGAAGGGAUACGUUGAGCACGAGUUCGUAAAGCAGCUGGCGCAAGGUACACUGGCAAAGGAAUGCUUCCUGCACUUCAUAAAGCAGGACUACCUUUACUUGAAGUACUACGCGAGGGCCUACGCACUGCUCGCCGCAAAGUCUUCGACGUUCCCGUCGAUUCAGGCUGCCACAGCGACGAUCAUCAAUGUCAUCAACGAAGUCUCGAUGCACCGUUCGUACUGCGCACAAUGGGGCAUCACCGAGGAAGAGCUGAGGUUGACCCCGGAAUCGCCUGCGACCACCGCGUACGGCGCGUUCAUCCUCGACACCGGAUUACAAGGUGAUGCCUCCCGGCUAGUAAUGGCACUGGCCGCCUGCCUACUCGGGUACGGCGAGGUCGGCCUCUGGCUCAAAAAACAGGCUGCAAGGCCGGACACCUGGGUCAAGCUGGAGGAUAACCCGUACCGAAAGUGGAUUGACGACUACUCCGGGGCGGACUACCAGAAGGCCGUCAAGCUCGGGCUAGAUACGAUUGAGGCCAUGGCUGUGGCUGACCCUCCGUCGCCGGUACGGUUCCAGGAAUGGCAGAGCGCCUGGGAGCGGUGCGUGCGAUUGGAGAGGGGGUUCUGGGACAUGUCGAUGGGCAUUCUCUGA